AUGGCAGAAGUGAAGUUAAUGUUCUGGAAAGUUCUUCCCAAACAAGGGCAGUUGUCAGUGGAAGAUGUAACCACAGUGGUGCUGUGUAAACCCAAACUUUUGCCCUUAAAAUCUUUGACUCUGGAAAAACUCGAGAAAAUGCAGCAAACAGCACAGGAUACAGUUUGCCAACAAGAAAUGGCAGAGAAACAAUGGCAAAUAACACACUAA